GGCAGACGCCCCUUGUGCUAGUUGGCCAUAGCAUGGGAGGCUUGGUCAUCAAGAAGGCGUACAUUCUUGCCCGGCAGGAUGUACUGUACCGGUCAAUAGCAAAGCGGUUCCACACGAUAUAUUUCCUUGCCACACCCCAUCGAGGCUCUGACUCUGCGCAACUUCUCAACAACAUCCUCGGCGUGGCUGGUCCCUCUCAUGCCUACAUUGCCGACCUUGAGCGAGGGUCAUUAAACAAUCAGUCCAUCAAUGACGAAUUCCGGCAAUACUCGGGCGACGUCCAGCUGUGGUCGUUUUACGAGAUGCGAAAGACGUCGGUGGGGAUGUUCAGUGCGCUUAUUGUCGAUCGCGAGUCUGCGACACUUGGAUACCGCGAGGAGCGACAGACGCCCAUGGAUGCUGACCACCGUUCCAUCUGCAAAUUCGCUUCGCCCACGGAUCCGAACUAUCGGAUACUCUGCAAUUCUUUCGCUACUACGAUUCGGGACAUCGAAAAUGUCCGGCUGCAGUCGAGGGAAAAGCAGCAACGGGACCAGCUCAAGGGAUUGGAACAGUACUUGAUGGUCCCCGAUUCCCCCGAAAAUGACCUCAUCGCCCUUCAGGAUAUCCGGGUGCCCGGGACCUGCGACUGGUUUAUGUCCCGCCAACAAUUCACUCGGUGGCAGGACUUCUCCUCCCACGGUCCAACUAUUUUUUGGCUCCGUGGCCAGCCAGGUGGAGGCAAGUCCGUUUUGGCCGGCCAUGUCAUUGGCCACCUCCAGAGAGCCUCGCAGCAGUGCAGCUAUUUCUUCUUCAAACGUGGCGAUAAAUCCAAGACGCGGCUUAGCAACUGCCUCCGCUCUCUUGCUUUUCAGAUGGCGUUGGCAGACCCCCGCGUUCUGGAGAAGCUCCUUCGUAUGCGGGAUGAGGACGUCAGAAUCGACAAGGACGAUGUCCGGAGCCUUUGGCGCAAGCUGUUCGAAGCCGGUGCCCUGGCUGUCGCUCCAUCAACUCCGGGACACUACUGGGUCAUUGACGGACUCGAUGAAUGCAUCAGCGAUGGCUCAGCCUUGUCUUUCUUGUUGUCGAAACUGGAAGGAGUCACCUCUCUGCGGGUCUUCAUCACAAGCAGGGAGUUGGCGGAGUUGGAGAGCCAUAUGCAACUCUUGCACGUCAAUGACGGACGGACCUACUGCGAACGACUUUCGUCGUCAGACACCCUCGCUGACAUGACCACGCUGAUCCAGACAAUGAUGCAGUCUUGGGCCAUUCGGGACGAACGAGAUCGGACUGCCCUCGGAGCGAAGAUCUUGGUAAAGUCAAAGGGGUGUUUCGUGUGGUCCGCCCUGGUCCUUAGCCGGAUGACUUCGGCACACGGAAAAGAACAGAUCAACAAAGUCCUGGACGAGAUUCCUCAUGAGAUGGAACCGCUCUACCUCGAGAUUUUGGAGUCGAUGUCGAGGAUGUCCGAAAACAAAGCCUUGGCGAAAGCGAUCCUGACAUGGGCUGCAUGUGCGGUUCGACCUUUGACUAUCCAGGAACUCAAUGGCGCCUUGGUCCUUGAGAUGAAGGACGAGUUCCCGAAUCUUAAGGAGAGCAUUCUGGCCCUUUGUGGGCAGCUUGUCCAGGUGGACAAAGCUGGAGUUGUCCACAUGGUCCAUGAGACCGCCAGAGAGUUCCUGUUGAGCGGGAAACUGCAAUCCGAAUUCGCUAUCAACAACAUGGCUGCACACACUCACCUUGCAACGACAUGUUUUGCCGCCCUCGCCAGCAAAGAGAUGAGACCGCCGCGAACCCGCAGACGUGGACCCGGCCCGACCACAUCAUCGCCAAAACCCCCAUUCGUAGGCUAUGCCUGUGAAGCUUUCUCUGACCAUCUCGCGCUCUCUGAUCCUAACAACGUCGACCUUUGUCUCUCGGCACACAAAUUUUUUGGUGCGAACGUUUUGUCAUGGAUCGAGGUUAUCGCCCGGAAACAGAACCUCAGCCCUCUGAUUCGCACCGCGAAGAACUUAGAGAAGUACCUCGCUGCGGCUGCGGCAAUCCGACCUCCUCUCGGCAAGGAGACGAGAACCAUGAGAAGUUGGUCAACGAAUCUCGUGCGAAUCGCGGCCAGGUUUGGCGACGCCAUCCUCGCGUCUCCCUCUGCGAUACACUGGGUCGUCCUGCCAUUCUGCCCUACCGAGUCAGCUGUCUACAAAGCUGCGAGCCCCGGCCAAAAACUUACGAUUGCCGGUCUCCAUAACACCCAAUGGGACGAUCGGCUUGUGUGCCUCAACUUUCAUCGGGGACAGACCACGGCGGUGUGCCACGGUGACGACCUCUUUGCCGUCGCCCUCAACACGGGGGCGAUCACGCUGUAUCACACCAUCUCCUGUCAGGAAUACAUGACUCUUGAACACCCGGAAGCCGUCAGGCUUUUAGAGUUCGAUGCUCAAAGCGAACUGCUGGCAUCGGCCGGCCGCCGGAAAAUCUGCGUGUGGAGUGUUCGAAGCGGCGAAUUGAUCCAUAGUUUCGCACUUGCGAAACCCCUCAUGUCGCUCUCCUUUGAGGGAGACGUACUGCUGGCGCCAGAUACAGCGUGCCAUAUCUCAACAUGGAGUAUGGCAGACGGGUCCGUGUUGCCGAGCCGGCGCUGGUACGACUCAGUUGACGAAGACGAUGCAGAGCCAGCGUAUCCUCCGUGUGCUGUGUCCAUUUCACGUGGCCACAGAAUGAUGGCCGUGGCAUAUCGCGGCCGACCCAUCACACUCUGGGACCUCGAGGAAGAUUCAUUUUACCGCUUCUGUGGCAAAGGGUCCACGGAUGGCGUCACGGGACCCUAUUUCGCCAACGACCUCGUUUUCAAUCCCAAUGAAGACAUUCCAAGGCUUGUUGUGGCAUACCAGGAUGGCGAUAUCAUGCUGCUAGAUCCAUUGCGGGACGAGGUCAUCGCCUGCUUCCGUGCCAACACCCAUACUCUCGCGGCUAGUCCAGAUGGUCGACUUGUCGUCGGGGCGGAUGGCUUCGGGACGAUUCAAGUCUACGACUUCGAGACACUGCGGGUUAUCUAUCGCAUCAAAUCCGUGUCGUGCAGUAUCAAACAUUUGGCCUUCAGCCGUGACGGUCUGCGGUUCCUCGACAUCCGGGCCUCGGAGUGCAACAUCUGGGAGCCCACUGUUCUCCUCAAGGACUCGGGGGCAGACACUUCAAGCCAGGCCACGCCCACCGGUCUGGGCAUCGAAGAAACGGCGGCAGUUGGGUACUCGGUCGUUAUCAGUACCAUGGUCAUACACCCGCGAGGUGAGUUCACCAUCUGCGGCAAGGAAGACGGCUCCAUCACUCUCUACGACAUGAAGACCGGGGCAGAGGUAAGAGAUUUGUACAGACCGAAGUCGCAGUGCCUCACUCGCAUGCUCGGGUGGUGGGAUGAGGGGCAAGUUCUCAUAUGCAUCGAUGCCUCCAACACAGUCACGGCGUGGAAGCUCGGUAAGCACCCGAGCAACGGCUGGAACAUCGUCGAGAUGUUGUUCCAAACCCGGGUAGGCUGCGUCAAGGCUAUCAUUCAGCUUCACGUCAACCAGGCGUCAGGAAAAUUCGUGUUAUGCACACGGGAUACCGACCAUCUGUGGAGCAUUGACGGCCAGCAGGAGGAGGGUCGAAUCAGUUCAACUCGUCAUCGCCUGCGGAUGUGGAUUGACCAUCCACAGUCACCAGACCACCUGAUUUGCAUAGACGGGCCCAUUGUCCGGGUAUUCGCUUGGGAGGAUUGGUCAGAAACAACCUCAGUCAGUCUCCAAGCAGCACAGGGGUUCAGCCGAGCAGAGUUACAAGUUAAACGGAUCUUUCCUUGUUUUAAAGGGCGCAAACUUCUGGUCGACUUCUCUGAGCAAGAGGGCCACCAACAUACCCGCGACAUCACCGUUGUCGAUACUUCUCUUUUCCGGCUGCCAAACGCUUCAUCGCCGUCACCGAAACACCCAAACCCUUCUACAUCACCGAUUGACGCCGACCUUGUGGACAAGAUCAUCCACAUUAUAGGUGUAAGCGACGACAAGUUUAUUUUCGUUGACAUACAUUCUUGGGUCUGCUCUGCCGAGAUUGAGAAGCCUGGGGCGACCUAUCUCCGCCAUUUCUUUGUGCCUUACGACUGGUUUUCGAAGAUGAGGGGCAUAAUCUGCGGAAUUAUUGAGCGGGCAGGCGAGAAGAAUGUUGUCUUUGCUAGGCAUAACAGUGUCGUGAUUGUGCGGAACGCGUUGGAGUUUUCGGAGCGGGUUGGGUCAGUGGGUGAGGAGGGCGAUUUCGCGGUUGCUCGGCGUGCGGGAAAUGACUAUAACUAUUAUCUAAAUCGAACUAGAAUAACAAGAUAAAAACAUAAUCAGUUACUGUCACUGCUGAGGUCUCAGAUUGCUGCCAAGUGAU